ACGAAUCCCUAGCGCAGCGUGCUCUCAUUUAUUCUAUGUUCUGACUCUACAAAAGUCUCCGAUCACCGGAUAAAUGGUCCCGUUGACCGGAUCACCCACUGGAAAAUAAUCUAGCUUCUUUUGAUUUGUGAUCUUGAGUGUAUGGAUUCUCAAGAACUCCCUGAUAAUGAAAACAAGGGUUUUCGCUACGUGUUACUUCGAAUCGCUUUUUCCCUUCUAUUCCCCAUCUUCGCUUUCUUUUCCUUAUCUUUUCUCGUCGGAUUGCUUGCCAUUUUCAUGGGAGAACUAUCAAUUUCCAAUCCUAUUUCUGUCCCCACACAGUGCAAGAUAGUCUCUAGUAGUGUAGAUAUUAGGUCAACUAAGGUUUGCGAGCUUGGAUUAUUGAAUUAUAAGGCAAAUCAUGUUUUUUAUCCUUUCGAGAAAAGCAAAUUUAGAUGCCGAUAUGAUUAUUACUGGACCUCAGUGUUCAAGGUGGAGUACAGAGACCAUUCUUUGGGUCAGACGCAACUUGCCUUAACAGAGGCACCGAAUGAAGCCCUUCCUCUUAGUUGCAGGCCUAACUUUGGUGCUGCAUGGUUGACCAAAGAUAAGUUUAAGGUUAAUGAAACCUAUGACUGCUGGUAUAUUUUAGGUAUUUCCACAGUAAAGUUGUAUGAUGAUGGUUUUUUCAAUUGCCAAGCAAAAGGUCCAUCCUCAAUUGAAAUGAUGAAACGAUAUCUAGUAAUAUCCACCAAGAUUUUACGGUCUUGGUUUUCAAGUGGGGGGAGAGCUAGAUACUUGAGGUGGGAAACAAUUGCAGGUGUUGUCACUGGUUUUUCAACAUCUAUAAUCACUAUCAUCUUAGUUAGAAUCCUACAACAUAUGAAGUCUUCGUUGCCUGAAGCCAUUAACACAGCCCGUAUCAAGCGUGUUUGUUUUCUAGUAGUGUACUUUUCUGUUGUAUGUUGGUUAGCAUUGCGAUACUGGAGGAGGCUAAAUAUCCCAAUUAUUAGAGUUUACAACUACUACUACUAGGCAGCAGUUUGUGUUUUAUUUACAAGUGCAAGUUCCCCGAGUACUGGGUAUGUAUGGAAUGAUGUAUACUUGCGUUGAGCGGGUACCUGAUUUUACGGGUUAACCGGCAAGGAGCAGAGAGAAAGAGCGGUGUAAAGAUGAUUUUGUGUAUUAUGAUGUACGAUAUGUGUAAGUGUACCUGAGAGAUUCAACUCAGUAGUUCACGGUGCAUGUUCUAGUCUCUGCAUUCUGUACUCUGUGUGGAGCAGGUU